AUGAACCCAGCUAAUAUUGUGCAAUGUAUAUCACAAUUAAUAAGUGUAAGCCUCGAUGUAAACAAGACCGUUUUAUCACCCGAAGAACGGGAAUUAGCUAAACAUUUGACACAAACAAUAAUAUCAUUAGAUAAUUGUAAAUGUUUUGAUUAUGAGGAAGAAACCACAUUGGAUAUUAGAUCAGAUUUUGAUGAUCGAAGUGAUGCUAAUGACGACACCGAAGACGAUAAAUGUCAAUAUACAGAAGGUGGAGAGCAUGAUCAACGGGAAAGAGACGAAGAGGAACAUCAUAAAUUAAAAAAUUAUUCAACCUAUUUUAUGGCUCAUGUAGUCGAAUUUGUUGACGAAAAAACCGAAAAUGGUAAAACACGCCGUUCAUGGAAAACUGUUCAUCAUCGAUUUAGAAGUAUUCUCGAUUAA